CUUCAAAAUAGGUUACAUUUUAAAGUCACGUGAUUCGGGAUAAAAUUUAUGUUUAACAAUCCCUUUUCAAGUAGAAUACCACAUUCUUUUGGUAAGACGAUGUAGUAAAAAAGGGAUAAAAAUCCUUCAAAUGUGAACAACAGCUUGCAGCCAGUGUUUGGUCUACAUUUGUUAUCUCCAAAUGGAGGAUGAUGGCAGUAUGGUCGCCACAAGCCCGUCUAUCACACCACGAAACGAAAGCCCCAACAUGGGCUUGAUCCCCCAGAGUCCCGAGCUCGACUCUGAGCACAGUCAUCAGAGUUUGAAUGACUUACAGAGCUAUCUCGUGAAUUUCAAUAAAGAGAUUGAGGGAAAUGGAGACGGCAAUGCAGCUUUACAGACAUGUAUUGCUAAGAUGAUAUCUUCCUCCUCAUCAUCUCGCCCAGUGUUUAUUACACUUCCAGUGUCUUCCGAACAUGCAUCUCCCGAUGAUGAUCAACUGACGGAAAUGACUGAAAUCAAGGAUGAGAAGUCUUCGUUGUCGUCAGGGGAGAUAACUAUGGGAGAUACAGAAGCUAGCACUGAUCAGAUGAUUUUUGUAGAGCAAGUGACUGGUGACGGGAUGUGUGGUUCAGAGUCAGCAGACGGCAUGGAAGUAGAGGAUAGCAAGGACUCCACACUGGCCUUCACUGAUCAGGAGCUCUCUGAGUCCCAGAUUGAGGGACUGGAGUCAGGGAAACUACAGCUACAGGAGCUGAGUCUAGAUCAGCUGGGGCUGGGAAACCAGCAUGGACUCACUGUCUCAGAUGGCAUGGUGAUGCUGCCAAUGGGAAGCAUGGGAGGUCUGUUCACGUCUGCUGACCCUCAGCUGGUGCAGAUUGUGAAUGUGAACGGUCACCCCACCCUGCAGCUUGUCAACCCGGCCAGUCUGCUACACGCACAAGGCACCAGUUUGCUGGGUACCGGCCUGUCUAGUGACCAGAUGACCUUGCCCACAUCCAUCAGUGGAGCCAGCGAGGAGGAAACCAGGCUGCAGGACCAGCUCGAGGAAGAAGCCCAGCUGGUGGCCCUUCAGAACCCAGACGGGAGCUCCCAGGCCCAUAUGAUGGGCCUAAGUCUGGAGAACAUCAUACAGCUAGCGACAUCCAGCGCCAACGCUCAUACCACUUCUGCUCUUCCAGUUUCAGGGUACCAGUCCUUGGCCGUUCUACCAACAGAGGGCAUGGACGACCAGUCUGAUGUGAACUAUGUUCUCAUCAUCAACCCUAAUGGCGACAAUGACACAUUGCAGGGAACCACCUUCAACUUUGGGAACAAUGUGCAAGGUGAGCUGGUUGAUGAGACAAUGGAUGAGACAGGAGCCACACGGCGUCUUGUACGCAUUAACAGGCUGCCGAAGGGGGAUGACCCACCGGGGACCAUUGCAUGCUCCAUGUGCUCUUUUAAAACAACACAGGAGUAUGCGUUCAAGCGUCAUGUGAAGUCCCACAAAGAAAACCGGCCCCACAAAUGUGGUCUGUGCAAUCGGGCCUUCAAGACAAUGUCCUCGUUGCAAAACCACAUCAAUACACACACGGGUGUACGCCCCCACAAGUGCAAACUGUGUGAGUCUGCCUUUACCACGUCUGGGGAGCUGGUCAGGCACAUAAGGUACCGUCACACGUUUGAGAAGCCUCACAAGUGCACUGUAUGUGAGUACGCCAGUGUAGAGCUGAGUAAGCUGAAACGUCACAUGCGGUCUCACACCGGUGAGCGCCCCUACUGCUGCAUGCACUGCAACUACGCCUCUCCAGACACCUACAAACUGAAGAGACACAUGAGAAUACAUACUGGAGAGCGACCGUACGAGUGUAAUAUAUGCGGCACAAAGUUCACGCAGAGUAACAGUCUGAAGGCUCAUAAACUGAUUCACACAGGAAACAAGCCUGUGUUCCAGUGUUCUCUCUGUCCCACGACGUGUGGCCGUAAGAACGAUCUGAAAGUGCACAUGGAAAAGCUGCACGGGUCCAACGAGCAGCCGUUGGUGUGUAAGAAAUGUGACGCAGAGUUUCAUGAUCGAUACUCCUUUAAGAUGCAUAUUAAAACUCACGACGGGGACAAGUGUCACAAGUGCCCCUCGUGUGACUUCACCGCUCCGUCUAGAAGGUCGGUAGAUAUGCACAUGAUGGUGCACAACUCGCAGAAGUCCUUUGAAUGUGAACAUUGUAACCUGGUGUUCCAGCAACCUCAUCUACUUCACAUGCAUCUGCAGCAGUACCACGAUGAGGAGGCUGAUGCUGACAUAGAGAUUGAGACCACGUCAUCGCCAUGCAAAGAAUGUGAUAAGAACUGCUUGAAUAUAAAAUCGCCAGAUAAUUUGUCCGAAACAAGACCUUUGGUAAACAAAGGAGCCAUGCUUAAUCUACACACGUGUGGAGGCUGUCCUAAGACCAUGAUACAGUCUGUGGCGCCCUUGACCACAGACCAGCUGCUUGACAACGGUCUCCUUGACGAUAUGAAGGAGGGUCGCCUAGGGAACUGCCCCAAGGUCGUAGUUGUGCACCCGGAUGGAAGAGUGGAGGAGGUCACUGCCAAGCUGCAGAGUCUUAGCCAAUCAAAACCCAUGGAUGACUUUCUGGUCUCCCUUGGAGUAUCUGGGGAUUCACAUUUUGACCAAGUCUCCUCUCUACCCUCUGAGGUGAAUGAUUCAGGAGUCCAUACGCUCAUUUCUGCCACCCCAUCUGGUCACCAUGGCAACCUAAGACUUAGUACAUCUGGGGCAGACAACUUGAUGAGUAUCAAUGUGGCUUGCAGAGACACUAACAACAAACUAGUCUUCCGUUCCAUGUCACACAUGGAUGAGACCAGAGAGGAGAGUGUUCAGGCCAGUUUUGACAGCUCUGAAGACCUCGACCAGGAAUCAGGUCUCCACAUCAAUAAUGAGCAAGAUACAGAUGAAGAGGUGGAUGUUGGUGAUGACACGAAGAUGGAACCAGACCAAGGUAGCCUGGUAACCAGCAUGCAUGUUCCAUUGAUGGCAGACUUCAGAUGAAAUCUCACAGUGACCUAGUCUGUGGAGGGUUCUACUUAAAAUAUAUUGACAUGUUGAUCUGCAAGUCGGUUUCAUAGCUUUAUGCAUAUUUUGCCUGCAGUCCUAAUUUCAGUUUAGGUCUCAAUUUGGAUGAUCAGUUGCAUGGCAAAAGCACACAAAUUUGUGAUUGUUGAAAAUGACUUAAUCAUAAAACGUCUUCCAUUGUAUUAGCUUGUCAUCAGAACAUUUACAAACUUGGAUCAUAAUCUCUUUUUCUAUACAACAUAUUUAAUAAUACAAUAAUACAAUCGGAGGCAUAAAUAUUGCAUUUGUCCUGCUAUACAAACGUACAUACGUCCAGAUACUUGUGAUUUGAAAUCCAUUUUAAUUUGUAGGUGUAUCCUGUUAAAAACUUUCAGUUAAAUGACCUUUAUGUAUCAAUGAUAGUAAAGAAAGAAAUUUUGGCUCGGGCAAGUUUUAGAAUAAUUAUGUUCUGUUUUUCCACUGAAGAAUGUAAAGUCCUCUUAUGCAUUUGUUUUCAAUGUCUCUUAUUACUUCUCGGUGGAUCUCAUUUAAACGUUCACAUUUGAAUAACCUUUAUUUGUUGAUGAUCUCAAAGAAAAGAAUUUAGGGCUGAAUUAUGGCUCUUCUGAAGGUUUUUAUGCCCCCAAAAGAGGGCAUAUAGUGAUCGCACUGUCCGUCCGUCUGUCCGUCACACUUUGCAUUUAGGUUUCGAAAAAUGCUCAUAACUUUUAUGUCCCUUCAGAUGUAACCUUCAUAUUUUGUAUGCAUGUGUAUAUAAAAAAGGCCUUUCCACACAAAUUUUGACCCCUUUGACCUUGACCUUAAGGUCCGCGUUUAGGUUUUGAAAUCUGCGUUUAGGUUUCGAAAUCUGCGUUUAGGUUUCGAAAAAUGCUCAUAACUUAUCGGGGGCAUAUGUCAUCCUAUGGAGACAGCUCUUGUUUUAAUAUAGAACAUAUAGUCCCAAAGUUGUGUUUUUUCAACUCCUGUAACAACUGGUUGGAUCUUGCUCAAACAUUCACAUUUGAUUAACCUUAAUAUGUAGCUUAUAAUAACUUAGUGACUGAAUAUGCUCCAGUAAUGUAUUUUUUGUGAUACAGAUCAGCACAGACUACAAGCUUGGGUGUCAGUAAUGAAAUUCGCCACUUUGAAAAGAAUGUCACCACUUUAACAUUUUGCGACAAUGCAGAUCAACAGCAAAACCCUUACUUAUGGUAAAACAGGAAUCAUGGCUGCUAUUAGUUUUGGCAGAAUUACGGCCCUUUGUCUGUUUUCCCACAAAAAGUAGUCUCAAAUUUAUGUAAUUGUUAACUCCCCUUUAACUACUUGGUAAAUCUUGCUCUAACUGUCACAGUUUAAUGACCUAAAUGUGUGUAUGAUGAAAAAGAUGGAAUUGUAAAUGUUACCGAUUUUGGAUGAAUAAUGACCUUUUGUCUUUUUGUCCGCUGUAGAAUAUCUAGUGGAUCUGUUUUUGUACAAAUGAGUGUUGUUUGGGGUAUCAGUGUCUGUCACAUUUGUAUACUCCUCUUUAAAUGGUUUAAUUUUAACUAUUGUUUACUUGUUGCAUCUGGACUAUAUUCAGAUUUUGUAAAUUUCUUUCUGAUUACAGAUAACCAGUACACAUGAAAAGUCAAUGUCUGUGUAUGGUUUGUUUCCAUUUCGAUAUCGAUAGCACCUUCACAUUAAUCUGAGCUCAAUGUGAAUAAUUACACCAUGUUAAGGUCAACAUUUAAUAUUGUGUGCAUCAAGCAGUUCAGGAAUUUUUUAACAAUAUGUUCAAGCGAAACUAACAGCAGUCAUGUUCUCCCAUUUUCUAAUUCCAAUCCAAACAACAUUCUAAAAUGUAAAAGUAAUAGGAAGAUUACAUUUUAUGGGCUUGACUUGCAUCUUUUAUAUAACGCAUCAUUGGUUACAUUAGUGCAGCAAUACAAACCAAGCAGGCAGAGAUUUGAGGUUAUUGUGUGUUUUUUAUUUGCAUCUUGAGAUUGUUAUACCCCAGUUCUUUCUUGUAUGAUAUAAGUGUAUCAUGUAUACGUGUUAUAGAGAAAUCAUGUCAUAAUUGCAUGAGAAAUUAUUGAAAUCAUGGUCAUGUUGUGUUCUAAAGAUGUUGCAAGUUGUAAACAGGUUAAAUUAACCCAUUUAUGCCUAGCAUCUAGAAAAAAGGACUUGGCAAACAGCGAAGACCCAGAUGAGACGCCGCAUGAUGCGGCGUCUCAUCAGGGUCUGCACUGUUUGCUUAAAGGAAUUUCUGUAAGAAAUAUUCUAAAUAUAGAAAUAAAUAUACUAGACAUCCCUAAUUUUGAAAAUAAAUUGAUCCAAUUAAGAAUGAUGGGAGAGUCCACAAAGCAUAAAUGGGUUAAUCAUCAGCCAUUUGUAAUUAUAGUAUUUAUGUCAGUUUAUAUUACACUGUUGCUGUAUUUAUUAUGGCUGAAAUAUAUAUAAAACAAAUUAAUAAAAAUGAAAAGCCUCA